AUGGCGCCAAGCCUCAUAAAAAACAGUUCCAACUCCUCUGUUUUCCCCAACGGCUUCACGAGCUCGAUUUUCGCCCUCAAAGACUCAAAUUUCACGGUCAACGGCCAUGUUUUCCUCUCCGAAGUCCCGUCGAACAUCACCACCGCCACGAUUCCCUCCGGCUGCUUCGUCGGGUUCGAUUCCGACGAGCCCGCCAGCCGCCACGUCAUCCCCAUCGGAAAACUCAAGAACAUCCGGUUCAUGUCCAUUUUCCGGUUCAAGGUCUGGUGGACCACACACUGGGUGGGGUCAAACGGGUCGGACCUCGAGCGGGAGACCCAGAUUCUCCUCCUCGACAGAUCCGAUUCGGGCCGGCCCUACAUCCUCCUCCUCCCGCUCAUCGAGGGCCCGUUUCGGGCCUCCCUCCAGCCCGGUUCCGACGACAACAUCGACCUAUGUGUCGAGAGCGGGUCAAGCAAGGUUAUUGGGUCGAGCUUCCAGGCCGGGCUUUACUUGCACGCGGGGGACGACCCAUUUACCCUGGUGAAAGACGCGGUCAAGGUGGCCCGUCGCCACCUCGGCACGUUCCGUUUGCUCGAGGAGAAAACUGCGCCCGGGAUUGUGGAUAAGUUCGGGUGGUGCACGUGGGACGCGUUCUACCUUACCGUGCACCCUCAAGGGGUUUGGGAAGGAGUUAAUGGGCUUGUCGAGGGCGGGUGCCCACCAGGCCUUGUGUUGAUAGACGACGGGUGGCAAUCCAUUUGCCACGACGAGGACCCGAUCACGUCCGAGGGGAUGAACCGGACCUCGGCCGGGGAGCAAAUGCCGUGCCGGCUAAUCAAGUUCGAGGAGAAUUACAAGUUUAGGGAGUACAAGAGCCCGAACAAGGAUAGGCCCGGCCCGAACACGGGGAUGGGGGCCUUUGUGAGGGACCUCAAGGAGAAGUUUGGGAGCGUGGACUAUGUGUACGUGUGGCACGCGUUGUGUGGGUAUUGGGGUGGGCUGAGGCCCAACGUCGCAGGCUUGCCUGAGGCGAAGGUGAUCAAGCCCAAGUUGACGCCUGGGCUUGAGACCACGAUGGAGGAUCUGGCCGUGGACAAGAUUGUGAACAAUGGAGUUGGACUCGUCGCACCGGAAUUUGCAGACAAGAUGUACGAGGGGUUGCACUCGCAUCUCGAGUCCGUGGGGAUUGACGGAGUCAAAGUUGAUGUCAUCCAUUUGUUGGAGAUGUUGUGCGAGGACUACGGAGGGAGAGUUGAGUUAGCAAAAGCUUACUACAAAGCGCUGACUUCUUCAGUGAGGAACCAUUUCAAAGGGAAUGGUGUGAUUGCAAGCAUGGAGCAUUGUAAUGAUUUCAUGUUCCUAGGGACAGAGGCCAUUUCACUUGGCCGCGUUGGGGACGAUUUCUGGUGCACCGACCCGUCGGGCGACCCGAACGGCACGUUCUGGCUGCAGGGCUGCCACAUGGUCCACUGCGCCUACAACAGCCUCUGGAUGGGCAACUUUAUCCAUCCCGACUGGGACAUGUUCCAGUCGACCCACCCGUGUGCCCUCUUCCACGCCGCCUCCCGAGCCAUCUCCGGCGGGCCCAUCUACAUCAGCGACUCAGUCGGUAGCCACGACUUCGACCUACUCCGGCGACUCGUCCUCCCCGACGGCUCGAUUCUCCGCUGCCGCCAUUACGCUCUCCCGACCCGCGACUGCCUGUUUGAAGACCCUCUCCACAACGGCAUCACCAUGCUCAAAAUCUGGAAUCUCAACAAGUUCACGGGCGUGGUGGGCGCCUUCAACUGCCAGGGCGGGGGUUGGAGUCGGGAGGAGAGGCGCAACAAGUGCGCAUCGGAGCACUCGAAGCCCGUCUCCUCAUCAGUGGGCCCAGGUGACGUCGAGUGGUGUCAAGGCCAAAUCCCGAUUCCGGUCGAGGGUGUUCGGACUUUCGCCAUGUACUUUUACCGCAAGAAGGAGCUGAUCCUGUCCGAGGCAUUGGGCACAAUCGGAUUAUCCUUGGACCCGUUCGAUUUCGAGCUGAUAACGGUGGGCCCCGUUCGUGCCCUACCUGGAGGUUGGGUGCAGUUUGCGCCAAUCGGGUUGGUGAAUAUGCUCAACUCCGGUGGGGCUAUACAGUCGAUUGUGUUUGACGAGCGUAGUGAAGGUGUUGUGCGAGUUGGAGUGAAGGGAAGUGGAGAGAUGAGGAUUUACGCUUCGGAAAAGCCAGCUCAGUGCAAGGUGAAUGGGGAGAGGGUGGAGUUUGUAUACGAGGGUGGCAUGGUCGUGGUGAACGUGCCCUGGCCCGAUUCUUUGGGCAUAUCUCUGGUCGAGUAUUUGUUUUGA